AUAUUCCUUGCGUCAAAUUUAAAAUAAAAAAAAACUGUUCAAUAACCAAAUUGUGUGUUAAAAACUGAAUUAUGUUUUACAAUUUUGUGUUAUUGUUGUGUGUGUCUGUUUGUAUUCAAGCUCAGAUUGAAGAAGGUGACCGCUGCGAAAACGAUGGCGUCUGGGGUAUAUGUACAAACUUGAACAGAUGUCAGUCGGCCAUACAAGAGAUAAGAAACAGGAUAAACCCGAAGAUCUGUACAUUCAAAAAUGCAGACCCUAUCGUUUGCUGCGUGGACAGAAACUCCGGACCCACAGCCACUACCACUAAGAGGCCUUUAGUUACAACGACACCGGUUUACAUACCCCCAGUUUACGAUUACGUCAACGUAGACCCGACCCAUAGCGGCUGUGAACCUAUCCCUGAAUCUCUUACAGCCAAGAAAACUGGACAAAAGGCUUUUGAUAAAUGUAUAGAAUACCAGGAGCAGCUGGUCUACCCUUGUGAGAAGGGAGUGGCUCUGACGGGAGACCUCAGCAGAAGUAACCGCUGUCAUCACAACGCUGACGAACUUAUCAUUGGUGGCACUGACGCAGCGCAGUAUGAGUUUUCACACAUGGUGAUGGUAGGUUAUGGUGAGCUGAAGGAUGUCCAGUGGCUGUGCGGGGGGGCUCUCAUCAGUGAGAAGUUCAUCCUGACUGCAGGACACUGCAUUGCAAGCAGAGACCUGGGCCCAAUAACGUAUGUGGUAGUUGGCGCCUUAAGGCGAAGUGAUGCAGCCGACAGAUCUAAGAUUUACAAAGUCAAAAACAUCAUCAAACACCCACAGUUCCAGCCACCAGCCAAAUAUAACGACAUCGCCUUAAUUGAAACUGAAAACACGAUAAAACUAGACCAAUUUGUAGUACCAGCUUGUUUACAUGUUGGAGACAAUAUCAAUGAUGAGAAGGUCCAAGCUACAGGAUGGGGAUUGACGCAGUACAGCGGUUCUGUCUCCGAUACUCUUCAGAAGGUGGUCUUAAAUAAAUUUACCACAGCUGAAUGUUCAGCCAAGUACCAGCCUGUGCGCCUGAUGAAACAAGGCUUUGAUGCUCAGAGCCAACUGUGCUAUGGUGAUAAGCUGGUCUCCAAGGACACCUGCCAGGGUGACAGCGGGGGUCCCAUUCAGGUGAAGAGCAAGAAUAUAACUUGCAUGUACACUGUGGUGGGAGUCACGUCUUUCGGCCGGGCCUGCGGCUUCGUGGGAGAGCCCGGCAUCUAUACCCGGGUCGCGAACUAUGUGCCUUGGAUCGAGAGCAUCGUGUGGCCAAACUGAUUAUGACACGGCUUAUGUUUAACUUACUUUCAUGUCGUAGUAUAAUAUAUAUAACAGGAAAAAACAGUAAAUGAUCACCAAGAUCAAUAUUUUAUUUUAAUGUAAAAUUAUAAUCAAAGUCUUUUAAGAAGAAUGGGUCCAAAAAUGUGUUUGAUGUGACUUUAAAGCCACCGUACUGGUCUGCGGACGACGAGUGCGGGUAGUUCGCCGCCAGACCAGAACCAGACUCGAGCGUAUGGC